UAGGAACACGGAACGCAACGGCUGGGACGGGAACCUGUUACCGGAGGGAUUCUGAGGGAGAGGGAUCCGUGAGUGAGGGAGGGUGUUGAUGAGAAUUUCGCUUUCGCGCGUGGAUUGCAAGUCCUUUACGGUUACGGAAGGAUAUUCUGAAGAGAAUCUUCAGCGAGAAGAAUCUGUCAAGAGUGUUAAAGGAGGGAUGUGAGCGAAAAAAAGUUAUUGAAUUAUCCGCAUAUCACUCUGGGGAUGGUGUAUAGUUAAAGUGAGUGUGGGGACCGCUAGGAUACGCUUCCGGUGCGAGAUGUCCUGGUGAGAGAGUAAAAAGUUCGAAGCAGAUGCUGCGAAAUUGUAAAGUGUGCUGAAGUAGGAAAUUUUUUGGUGAACGGAAGGGGAAAUUGCGUUUUUCUUUCGCGUGAUACCCGCAGGAUAUCUGUGUAAAGUGUGCAAAAGGAUUCGCGUGUCACAAAGGAUCCACUCACGGUUACGUGAUACUGCUCUUACGGGGAAGAAACGAAGAUUUCGUUAAUUUACUUUCCCAGAAAGAAACCAAAGCCCAAGGAUCGCAGUGCAGAGCAGUGUGUAAACAUGAUGAUUGAAUUUGUACAAUCAGCUUCAUCAACGGAACACUCCGCCGUGGGAGUUGCACGACUUCCGGGAAAAGGUUACGCGCCGAACCGAUGUCAGCUAGCGGUGGUGGUCGCAGCGUAAUUCACGGAAUCACUAGUCAAUAUCGGGGAAUAUCCGUGGUGAAGAUCAAACGAGCCUAAAAGUUUUCACAAGGUGGUUCAUUAAAAAAGUUUUGAGCGCUCAGUUCGUUACACGCGUAAGGAAGAGUAAUUAGUUUAAGUUAUUUAUUGAAUAUUUAAAUUAUUUAAAUUAUUAAUUACACUGUAAGAGCCUACCGAGAACCGUGACCAUGGAAAAGAAGCUUACUGCAGCUUACCUGGUGGUCGUCCUACUGGCCACAGCGGGCAGUGUCGAGGGUGGCCGAUUCGGACUGCUUGGCGGACAGGUGGCGCCCAUAGAGGUCAUAGAGGAGUGGGGCUGUUACGACACGGAAAUUCGGCUAACGUGCGGAAACCUCGAGUCCAGGGUAGCGAUACUGGAGGCCAAAUUCACACCUCGGUGCGCCGACGAACGCGCCGAGGACUGUGUGCACGUGGACGAAAUCAGUAUGACGCGUUCGUUUUCAUCCCAGAAGGUGGACCGGCUAGCCCUGGAGGAGAAGGAAGCUGGCCAGCGCUUUCUGCAAACACUGCGUCGAGCCCACGAGCACGAUAAGGAAUCGACGCCGUCGGUCGGUGCGGUACAGUCGCCGGGUGGUGAGGGUGAAGCUCCGGUGGCCAACGUUCGCACCAAGAUCAAGGACAAACGCAGUUCGUUGAGAGUAACGCUGGAGCAUUUGAUUGUACGGUAUUUGCGAAGAAUUACCAGUAGUGAUGAAGAAGAGGACGGUGAAGGUCAGGAAUCGACCUCGAUGAGGUACCGCCGCCAGGUGACCGGGUACAAUGGGAACGGGACGGAAAACGCGACGGAACUGGCACCCGGAAAUGAGGGACCAGACAGCUCGGUUGAGAUCACUCUGCUCACUAAUGAUACCGAGGUUGGGAACGAUAGUGUUGGGUGGGGUUACCCGGCAACGCCGACGACCGGGGAGAGUGCAGUGGAAAGUGUCAACACGGAGACCGCCGCCGCCGGGGUCGUCACGUCGGAAAGUGAGAAAAAUUCCAGAAUGGUCAACGACGACGACGGCGACGACCCGGGUGACAGUGAUGAAGAACGAGUGAGUGAUGAGCAGGAAGAUUACGGCAAGGGACACAGCAAGAAGAAAGUUUGCACCAGCAUUCGCAAGCGAAUCGCUCAGUUGGAUCGGUUCGAGCUGCAGAAAUCGCUGCGGAACGAUUCCUUCCGGGAGUACAACAUUCGCAACGCCCUCAACUACAGAUGUUCCGGCAAAAACCACUGCAGCUUCGUAUUUGCCCAGGACCACCCUUAUGCGGUGGUGUGGAAGGAAGGGACCGUACGUGUGAAAUACAUCUGUAUGGACGAUUUCCGCAUCAGCAAGUACUGCGAGGAGCACUUAAUUAUCGGCAGCGAGAACCGGUGGGACCGGCGCCGCAACAACCCGCGGUCAUCGUCCUCGUCCUCCACAGUGGAGCGCGAUAUUUCCGGCGGUAAUGACGACGACCAGCAGACGGGCAAGUCGGCCAACCUCGUCGUCGCCGUGGACGAGCCUCGGGCGGGCUUUACAGACGACCGUGAAGAGUACCCCGAGUACGAGUACGAUGACCGGGACGAGGAGGAAACUGAGGAGGAGGAAGAACAGGAGCAGGAAGAGCGAGAGCAAGACUACGCCGACGAUGGACCGCGGGGGGAACCCAGGGCGGAAGCACUGCAACAGCCACAGCCGGUGCAACAGUCGAGUCAGCAGCAGCAGCAGAUGCAUUCGUUUCACAAUUUGAAAAUCCUGAAAACGUUUCCCGGGCCGGAAUCCGACGACGUUGCCGCCGUUCAAGCGACGCUUAAUGAAACGGAAAAAGAGCGGUUACAGCUGGAGGUGGAAGCGGCCAACCGGAAACGGCAGCGCCAGAAGGUGUUCUCGCAGGACUUUCGCGUGCUCAAGAUCCUCCCCAGCAACCUGGACCAGAUCGAGGACAUCAAGCGGAUCGGCAACGAGUACUACUUCAAGAAGGACGUCGAAGUGGUGGACGACGCAGAGAACGAAAUCGUUCCACCGUCCUCCACCAAAAACGACACCAACAACCAGUUCACGGAAACGCUCGACAUUGUGGUCCUGCCGGCUCCGACGACCAAGGACGCUGACGUGUACGAAAGUGAGCUUGACCUGCCGGUGGACAGCAAAACCACAGUCAACGUGAUAGAGCUAGCAACUCCGACUGUAGUGACCGGACAGGAGCCGAACCAGACGGAAUCGACGGCCAGCGCGUCCACGCCCGCGCUGACCACGCUGGGCAAUCCAAGUGGUGAGCCGACGCCUGGCGUCGAGUCGAACGAAAUCGAGGGCGAUUCAAAACCCAACAAAAGUAGUGGCGAGGACGGAUUUAGUUUUAACAAUAGGACUUUUAAGAAAAUUCAAGACACGGUGCUGGAAGAAAUCGGUGCAGGUCACAGUGAGGAACGGUACCCCGGAAGUUACGACGAUGACAGCGAGGACGACGAUCUGGAGGAUGACGACGAGGACGAUUACGAGGAGAGCGAAAAACGAGGCCAUAAAAAGUAUAUCAGUAUUCAGCGGACGCUUCUAAAGCACCCCCUCCGCCAGGGCUUCCUGAUGACGCCCGGCUACCCCAAGUACUACAUCGGGAACAGCGUCUGCCGGUGGACGCUGUACGCCAAGCGUUCCCAGAAGAUUAAGUUAACUAUUUUAGAUUUAGCGUUACGGAUAGAUGAACCGUGUAGAGAUUACCUAGAAAUCAGGGAUCUGAACACCAAUCAGACCCUGUUUAGCGGCUGCACCGAGAGCACGCGACCCAUCGAAGUGGUUAGCCUUCAGGAUCGCGUCGAGGUCAGUCUGCGAACUGCAACGCAGGUUGCAUAUCCAAAGCGAGGCGUGCUGAUACACUACUCAGCACUCGGCUGCGAGCCGCCGUCGCCGAUUCCGCCGCACAUGACGCUGGUCCGUCGGAGCGAGCGAAGAGUCCGGUACGUCUGUGAUCCCCUGUAUGUUUUCCCCGACACAGCUGAGCCCAGUCGUGAGUUGGUCUGCACCGCGAGACACACGUGGAACCGACCGUUGCCGGCCUGUGUAGAAAAACGCGCCACCGAAGGAAGUGGACUAGUGUCUCAUUACGAGCAGAAGCGAAAGAUCAGUGAUUCCGACAGCAUGUCUGACAAACAGGCAGAUACCGUUUACGACAUCCUUAUUCCGUCGCUUGUAAUCGCCGCCCUAUUUAUCGUGAACGGCAUCGUGUUCGCGGUCAUUAUGCGCUACAGGAACAAGAGAAAACAACGCCUUGAACUAGACAGUAAGGAACUAGCAGAACUGUCUAUGAAGUUGACUUUACUGACCCUCGGGGUCAUCCUGGGUACCGUUGCGGCCGCCCCAACCGAACCUAAGGCGGAUGCGUUGAAGGGCUUUUCGCUCGAGGAGGUGGUUCCGAACCAGUUUGGACAGCGUGGCUUCAGCGGAACCUGGUUGACGGGCAACGAGCUGCUGUACCGCAACGCGGAUGGUAAUUACGCGCGGCUGAACGUGGCUGAUAGGACCGAAAGUGUGCUGUUGGAUCCGAAGGACCUGGAGGCCAAGUGGCCGGGGGCGUCCGUGCAGUUUGUAAAGCCGAACUUUGACAAGGUGUUGAUCCGGUACGCUGUUCGGACGGUGUUCCGCCACUCGACGCUGUCCAAGUAUGCGGUUUUGGAUCUUGUCACGAGAAAUUCGUACGAUGUAGCUGGUGGAGAGGAGGUAUCGAUUUGUAUUCUAUCGCCUACCGGUGGAUCACUAGCUUAUGUGAAGGCCAACAACGUGUUCUACCGUCCAAAUCUUGUGGUAGAUGAAGAAGUUCACUUGACUGAAGAUGGAGUACCGGGGGUGAUCUACAACGGAGUUCCCGAUUGGGUUUAUGAAGAGGAAGUCUUCGGCACGGACGCCACUUUGUGGUUCUCGAACGAUGGAUCACACCUUGCUAUGGCAAGUUUCGAUGAUACCGAAGUGAAGGAGUUCUCGUAUCACAUCUACGGGGAGCCGGAGGAUCCCGCUUACCAGUAUCCAGAAGAGUUCAAAAUUCGCUACCCCAAGGUCAACACGACGAAUCCGACGGUUCAUUUGCGAGUUCGUGCUCUGAACAACCUUGCGGAAACGUGGAUCGAGCUCCCUGCUCCGGUUGACGUGAUCGGUGAAGAUCAUAUUCUGGGCACGGUCAACUGGAUUGGAAAUGACGUGGGAGCAAUCUGGCUGAAUCGUAGACAAAACGUGGCCACCUUCCAGAAGUGCAACGUGCAGUCCCAAGUUUGCACGGAGCUCGCCGGACUGAGUGAACCUAAGGGCUGGUACGAUGUGUACACCCCGCGUUGCACCGCUUCCGGUGAUCGCUGCUUCUUCCUGGGUGAUCAGCACGGUUGGAGACGGAUCUGGGAAAUUCGGGGGGAUCAAAUCACGUUCAAAUCCCCCGAGGAAUUCACCGUUGCGGGCAUCAACGGAUACGACGAAGCUAACAACGAUCUGUACUACACGGCCAUUCCAGCCCACAAGCCGAACCAUCGCCACGUGUAUCGCGAUGGCGGUUGUCUAACCUGUAACCUUCUCAAGGACAAACUUAGCAACGAAACGCCCUGUAACUAUGCCAGCGUAUCGUUUAGUCCCGAUUUUGCGUACUUUGCCGCGACCUGCUCCGGACCGACGCCAUCGUACUCGCAGAUUUUCCGCACGGCCGAUCUUCAGCUGGUCAUGGACUGGGAGCUGAACGAACAGCUGCGCGAACGGUUGUCCGGCUACAAGAAGACUCAAGUGCGCUUCCUACGAGUACCGGUCGCCAACGGUAUGGAGGCUUCCGUGCGGCUGUAUCUUCCGCCGGAGAUUGACUUUGAAGUUCCGGAGAACAACCAGCGUAAAUAUCCAAUGAUCGUACAGGUCUAUGGUGGACCCAACUCGGCUCGCGUCAUUGACACAUUCACGGUCGGUUUCGGGGACUAUCUGACCACUACCAAGCAGAUUAUCUACUGUCAGAUCGAUGGUCGCGGAACCGGUAACCAGGGCUACGAGUUCCUGUUUACGGUGAACAACCAGUUGGGAUCGGUGGAGAUCCAGGAUCUGAUCGCGGUGACCAAGUCUCUCCAAGACCAGUACGCGUUCAUUGAUAGCGAGCGGACCGGCGUUUGGGGAUGGAGUUACGGUGGGUACGUGACUUCGAUGACCCUGGAGAAGGACAGCGCGCGGGUGUUCCGGUGCGGGAUCGCGGUAGCUCCGGUCACCUCGUGGAUGUUCUACGACUCGAUCUAUACGGAACGGUUCAUGGGUUUGCCGAGGGAGGAUGACAAUGCGAGGGGGUACGAGGCCGGUGACGUGUCUCGGUUCGUGGACGGAAUGGAGGGGCAUCUGUUUCUGCUAAUUCACGGCAACGGGGAUGACAACGUGCACUACCAGAACUCGAUGGUGUACGUGCGGGCGCUCGUUGAGAAGGAUGUGCAGUUUGAACAGAUGAGCUAUCCAGACGAAGCCCAUGGCCUUGUGGGUGUUCAACGGCACCUGUACCACACCAUGGACAACUUCUGGAACGAGUGCUUUGCAUGAUGUGGUCUGCUUAAAUAAAACUUGCUUAGUAACAAGUGCUAGUCAAUUAUGAAA